AUGGACUCAGCUGGAACGUGGUCCCAGUAUUCCAGCAUCUUUGCUUUGAUCGUGAUCGGAACCUUCUGUGGCCAGCUGGGGCUCUCCAUAAUCGCCCCGUUCUUUCCAGCAGAGGCAAAGGAGAAGGGCGUCCAGGGCACUGCCUUGGGCUGGAUCUUCUCGAUUUUCGAGCUUGCCACAAUGGUCGGCACACCCAUCACGACCCGGCUGCUGGUGAGAUCUGGGAGCAAGCCCAUCCUGGUUGCUGGGAAUUUCCUUGGUGGUAUGGCCAACAUUCUGAACGGCCUCUGCUGGUACGUGGGCGAUGGGGCUCCCUUCAUCGUGUGCUGCCUGCUGCUUCGUGUGGUCGCCGGCUUCGCUUUUUCUUUCGAGUCAACCGCAGGUUACAGCCUGCUCUCCGCCCUCUUCGGUCAGAACGUCAGCACAGCCACUGGCAUCCUCGAAGGUGUCAAUGGCUUGGCCAUGAUCCUCGGCCCCAUCGUGGGCUCCUCUCUGUACGGUCUGGCUGGAGGCGACUCGCACUUGGGCUACGUGCUGCCCUUUGUGGUCUUGGGGCUCGUGGAGCUGCUUUUCUCACUGCUGACGGCCAUUCUUUUGCCGAAGCUGCCGAGCCCUCCGCAGAGCCAGCCGAGCCUGUUUAACUUCUCUCCAAAAGUCCUCCUGGCGUGCGUGAACUGCGUCGUUUCAGGAAUCGCUCUGGGUUUCUUGAAUCCGACUUUGCAGCCCCACCUGUCGGCCCCACCCUUGCAUUACUCCGUGCAGAUGGUCGGCUUGGUCCUCUCCGCCGCCUGUGGCUCCUACGCCGUGGUCGCCGUGGGGGUCGGCGCGCUGGACGACUGGGCCAAGGGCAGCAUCGGACCGCAGCUCAUGGCGCUGGGCGCAUUGCUCAGCGGCAUCUCCUACCUCAUGCUUGCCCCCCUGCCGUUACAAAUCGGUGGCCAGGAGCUCAUGCUGACCCCGGCUCUUUGCUGGUCGUCUACUGUGGUCCUGGGCAUCGGUGUGGCCUUUGGCCUCAUCCCGGUCUACAAGCAGCUCAUCAGCUGUGCGCUCCACGAGGUGCCGCAGGAACGUGAGCUUGCUGCUUCUUCACUGUUUACCAUCGCGAUGGCCACAGGUGCCUUCUUGGGCCCCACGCUUGGUGGCUUGCUCCUGGAACUCGUCGGGGCACGGACAGCCUACUCUUCCACAGGUAUCCUGGAGGUCGGACUCGCGAUCGUCCUCUUCUUGGUUGCCAUGACUCCCGCUUUCCGGCGAGCGAACACUGCACGCUCGCCUCUCCUCGGUUCUGCCUGA